AUGCUUCCCUACAUCAACACGCCGUUUGUGUACGCGAGCGAGCGGGUUGGAACGUCUCCCGAUGAGCUCAAGAUUAUCUUCUCCUUUCUCCUGUCGUACCCGCUCGCCGGCCUGCUGAAGAGGGUGCCUGAUGCCCGUCCGGACGCCAAGAACCUGUUCAUCAUAGGCGUGGCACUCUUCUAUCUCGUCGGGCUCUUUGACCUGUGGGACGGCCUGCGCACGAUUGCCAUCUCGUCGGGCGCGGCCUAUGGCAUCGCGCACUUUCUCCGGGGCAGUCCAUACAUGCCCUGGAUUGGGUUCGUCUUCUUGAUGGCCCACAUGUCGGCCAACCAGCUGGCACGGCAGUCAACAGACGAUCCGUCGACAGUGGACAUCACGGGGGCUCAGAUGGUGCUGGUGAUCAAGCUGAGCGCGUUCUGCUGGAACGUGGCCGACGGCGUGGUGGACGACGACCAGCUGACGCCCUUCCAGCGUGACCGGCUACUACGCGAGCUGCCGUCGCUGCUGGACUACGCCGGCUACGUGCUCUUCUUCCCGUCACUGCUGAUCGGUCCGGCCUGCGACUUUGCCGAGUACCGCCGCUGGCUCGACACGUCCAUGUUUGCCGUGCCGGCUUCGGUCGAUCCGGCAAAGCGGCCGCGCACUCGACGACGACGCAAGAUCCCGCGCAGUGCCACGCCGGCUAUGAUCAAGAUGGCCACCGGUCUGGCCUGGAUUGGCGCCCUUCUGGUGCUCAGCCCGCACUACAGCCCCGCGAAUCUGCUGGCUGGCGGCGAGGAGGCCGCGGCUGGCAGCCAUGGCUUCAUCGGCCGCAUCGUCGAGUUUCUGCGUCGUGUCUGGACCCUCUAUGCCGUCGGCUUCACCACCCGCACAAAGUACUACGGCGUCUGGUCACUGACCGAGGGUGCCUGCAUCCUCGCCGGGCUCGGCUUCAACGGCGUCGACCCGGUCUCGGGACGCAUCUCGUGGAACCGCGUCCAGAACAUCGAUCCCUGGGGCGUCGAGUCCGCCCAGAACACGCGUGCCUAUCUGGAACACUGGAACAUGAAGACCAACACAUGGCUGCGCAACUACGUCUAUCUGCGCGUUACGCCGCGUGGCCGCAAGCCCGGCUUCCGUGCCAGCAUGGCCACCUUUUUUACCAGCGCUCUCUGGCAUGGCUUCUAUCCGGGCUACUAUCUAUCCUUUGUGUUGGCCAGCUUUAUUCAGACGGUAGCCAAGAGUGCGUUUUUUUUUUUUCUUUUUUUUCUUUUUUUUCUUUUUUUUCUUUUUUUUUCUUUUUUUUCUUUUUUUUCUUUUUCUCCUUCUUUUUCUAUUCCCUUUCGUCUUGCUGACUCCCACCCAGACUUCCGUCGAUAUCUGCGUCCCUUCUUUCUCGACCCCGUCACCCAGGCCCCGCUUCCCUCCAAGACGGUCUACGACGUCCUCAGCUUCCUGGCUACCCAGAUGGCCUUUAGCUUUGCCGUCGCGCCCUUUGUGCUGCUCAACUUGCAGGACUCGUUGCGCGCCUGGUCACGUGUCUCCUUCUUCGCCGUCAUCGGCGUUGCUGUGUCCACGGCUGUGUUUGCCUCGCCCGUCAAACCGGCGCUGAAGAAGCGGCUAGAGGCCCGAGCUGCUGCUGCUACUUCGGCUAUGGCAAAGUCUGAGACGAUUGCGCUUCCCGGCGGCGACACUGCUGCCAGUCUCAAGCCGCCGACAUCGGCAGAGACCGACAAAAUGACGAUAUCCGCGUCCGCGUCGCCCGAACUGCCGCCCACAAAGCUGUUUGCCGUGCCGCCUAACGUCAUGGGCUCUGGCCUGCCGGCCGACCCUGAGGGCGAGCUGGACGACAUGGUGGCUGAGCUGCGCAGCGACAUGGAGCUGCUGCAGAAGCGGGCGGCCGAGCUGGCGGCCAAGAAGCGCUCUUGA